GGAAGGAAGAGAAGGAUGCGGAGUGUCUUGGUGGUGGUUGCAGUGGCGGUGGUGGGCGGGGCGAGUGGGCGGCCGCAGGGUGGGGGGCAUGGAGGGGGUCAUGGAGGGGGUGGGUACGGCAAUCAGCCCGAGGGGUAUUUCCAGUACGUGAACGUCCCGGCCCACAAGGAGUACGAGUUUGGCUGGAACAGGGGCAACCCGCACCACUACAUCUCCCGCUUCGAGCAGGCCAAGGACCACCGCUUCAGGACCAGGGUGAAGUGGGCUGACACGCACGAGGGUUACGGUGAGCAUUACUGGGAGUACAACCACGCCCCCAAGUACAAGGAGCACGAUACCUACAAGGAGCCUGAGCCCUACCACGCCCCGGAGCCCGUCUACCACCCCGAGCCUUCCUACGGUCCCCCCAAAGCCCAUGGUUACCCCUCCGAGAACAUCCCUAUAGCGGUCGAUCCCAAGGAGGUGCAACCGUUCUCAAGGGAUGAUGCGUUCUAGGUCUGGUGGGCGUCCCUGUAACGUGUGUGGGUUAAGUUAUCAAAGUCACUGUGCGCUAAACUGACGCAGAAGCCCCGCCCCCUGUUUCUUAGCGAUGGGAGGUGAUUGGUUAGGUCAAAGAAGGUCAGAGUUAGGAGUUAAUGUCACCUUGGAGGGAGGGACAGAGGGGUGCGGGGUCUGUUCCAAUUUAGUGUACGGCGACUAUAUUUUUUUUAUAGUUUGUUGUUGUUGGUAGUCCCUGUGUUUUCGUUGUUGUCCUCAAAGUUUGGGUUGAAGAAGUCUUAGUGUUUGUUUUAGCGUUUGUUUUAUUGGUGAAUACUCUUAUCUUGAGUGGAGUAGUUGGGUAAUGUUCAAAUACUUUCAACGAAUGAGUAUACGAAGACAUAUACGUAAAAGGUAUGAAAUAACGAUAGCUAUCAACCUAAGUUUUAAUAAUCACUACUUUUGAUGUGUUACUUCGUGUUUCCGUGUGGACACCGCUGAGAGAAACAAUUUUGUUCUGAAUGUGUAGGAGUUUUAUGUUGCGAUUCUCUGUAAAUACCUAAUAAUGACUGAUUUCUUAGAGAUGUCUUCAUUUAGUGUUAUAAGAAGAACGUUGAGAGCGGCUGGUUCGCGUUAGAAAGUUAGUGUAGUUGCGUGACUGACGAGUGAGCAAGAAUAGUAUAGUCUACCGUAGCACCGUGCAGGAUACGCGGUAGUGAGUGCAGUACAGUAGCGACAAGGGGCAACAGGCAAAUGUCUCAAAAACAGUAGUAAGUGUUAAAUCUCACCUUAAAACUAUUGACUGUAGCCGGUAAACCAACCAACCAAUUACAACCAAAGCAUAAAUAACCCCUUUGAAGCAGUGCAACAGCUUUAACAAGGAGCUUUGGUAAUGAGAACAUAACCCCGGGGCGGCCCACUCACACCUCUUGUCAAUGUCAGGGUGGCGGGUCAGCGGCUGUCGUGUCUGCUGCUCUCGCCUAACCCUCACCCUCGGGGGCACCUCAUUAUGCAUCAUUAUCCUCUCAAUACGAGGUGCGUGCGCGUGUACUGCCUGUGCGAGCCUGUUUGUGUAUUCUAGUCCGUGGGGUUCGAUCAAGGAGUCUAGAUAAUCCAUUGGUAUGAUUAUUGUAUCCAUGUCACCCUCCCACCCUCGUUCUCUCCCCUGCUCCUCCCUCUCCCCGCGUAAAUCAUCCCGACCCCGCCUCCUCCACUACACUUCCCUCCCUAUACCUCCCUUUCCCUCCCUCACUGUUACUUGAUUCACUUCCCUCCCAUUAGGUAAUUCCCCUCCCCAUUCCCUUCCAGCCCUCCCUCCCUUUGAGUCGUAUGCCCCUCCACACACUCCCCUACAAUGAUCUCCACGUGGUCACCCCCUUGCCCCUCAUACCCCCAAAGUUUAUGAAGAGUAACUCACACCCUAGUUCUCCCCCCCCACACAUAAGUUUAACCUUCCCCAGUCUUCCUUACUCCCCCACACCAGCCCCCAGUUUAUAUAUUCAUGCCCCAUUUAACUGUGUAUCAAGUAGUAUUUUUGGCUCUAUGAGAACUAUAUUUCAAGGUACUCGUGUGAAGGAACCGUUGAUGGGUUGUUUCCCUUUUGAAGACUUCGGAAAAUGGGUACCGGAAUAUAUUGUUAAGCGUCUCAGUGUUCGAAUCCCCUCCAAGUCCACUUCCCUUGUUAGUUGUCCCUCCUCCCAUUUCCUUCACUGCCCCCCACAACCCACACCCAACCCACGCCUGUCACAUAACCCCAUUUUAAGUAUAUUCAGUGUUAUUUAACGUGUGUGUGUGUGUGUGUGUGUGUGUGUGUGUGUGUGUGUAUAUGUGGUUUGCUAGGACUGUUCACGUAUAAAUAGUUGUUGAAUCACCUUUUGAAAUAUUUAUGGAUAGGUACUUCGGUUGUUUGAUGUUCACUUCGUUGGUUUUGUGUGUAAUAUUUCACGUUUAGACUGACAUAAAGCACAUUUUCGUCA